UAAGUAAAUAUUUUUUUCCAAAUGUUCACAUGGAUCUUUGUAUGUUUCAUUUUGUGCCCAUUGUCCCUUGUCCUGUCGCUGGGCACCACUGAAAAGAGCCUGGCCCCCAUCCACUUGGCUCCCACCCUGUAGAUAUUUACAAGCACUGAUAAGAUCCCCUCUCAGCCUUCUCUUCUCCAUGCUGAGCAGCCCCAUGUAUCUCAGCCUUUCCUCACAAGGGAGAUGCUCCAGGCCCCUCAUAAUCUCUGUGGCCCCGCACUGGACUUCCCGGUACUUCUCUGUCUUGAGCUGAGGAGCCCAGAUCUGAACACAGUGCUCCAGAUGCAGCCUCACCAGGGCACAAGAUAGGGGGAGGAUCACUUCCCUCAACCUGCUUCCCACUUGUGUUCUAUCAAGUGUACUAGUAACUUCAAAUAGCACGGCUCUGUCACUUGCAGCUGUCCAGUACUUAAACUGGAACAAACUGGGGAACAAAGUGGUCUGUUUAACUGGAGAUGACAAAACAGAAUUUCCUCUACAAAACAUCUGUCUUCCCCAAGGAUAAAGUGAGGGAAAACUUUCAUUUUCAAGUGUAGAUUUUGGGUCCUGUCUAUCAAAGCAGUGAGCGUAUGCUGAGAGCCGUGCAGCUUGUACAGAGUAAAGUUUGACCCAUUGCACUGUGUGAUCAUAUCCAUGCAGGUAACCAAAUGUAGUGACACUGACAGUGGUCUUCUUGUGGGUGCUCAGUGCAGACCUAAUGCAGCUUUUCAAAUAAAGUUGGACAUUUUCCAAAAUGUCAUUAACUACUGUUUUUUUUUUUUUGUUGGUUUUUUUAGGAUCUCUGUGCAAAACCAAAAAUGUUUAUGUAGAGCCACAUUAAUAAAACCAUAUUGACUGAAGUUCUCACCUUUCUGAACGUACAAAUCCUUGCACAUCUCCGAUGAAGCUGUGACACCGUUCUCUGAAAAUGAACACUGAUGGAAGUAUUCCACGCUGUUUCCUGGUUGAGUUGUUCAGUAUCCGAUUUAUUUGUCUCUCUGAAGUCUUUUUGUGCGCGUUGGUAACCACAAAAUAUUAUCACCUCCACAACUGAGUGAUACAUACUAGUAGGGUUCAGACUUCUUAAUGAGCAAUAAUUCUUAAUGUGGCCUGGUGUGACUAUGGCAUGCUCACAAUAAGCUGUUCUUAGAAUAAAUAGGACUGAGCUGAGACUUAGCAGCGUGUUCAUAAAGUUUGGUGCCUCAGCCAGCCCUCUUCUCCAUGAAAAUACCGUCUUGGAGCUACUGCUCUAUGACUAAGUCAGGGCCAGGGCUAUGGAGAAUCAUUAGUAAAGCCUUAGUCCCCUGGAAUUAAAAAGGCUUUUGCUACAGUGCUUGGGAGCUGGGGCACCAGCAGCAAACACCCUUCGCUUUGCAUGCCUGGGAGGUAAAGCUCUCAGUGCAGGGCCCAGCUGUAGACAUGGCCAGGUGAUGUGAGUCACUUGGAUGAGGAGCUGUAUCCACUAGUAGCUUGGGGGCUGAGCCAGGGAGAUGAGGGUUUGCUUCUGUGGCCUGCAAGGUUGUGUGGUAGAGAGAUCUUACCGCCCAAAGAUGUCAAGACGCAGCAGCCGACUGCAGGCCAAGCAGCAGCAGCAGCCGCCACUGCUGUGCCAAGAAGAGACUCCACGUGAGCUGCAGGCACCAGAGCAUCUCCAGACCAGGAAAAGGAGAACAGCAGAGGAGAUUAAGAAGAAAGAAGAUGGAAAAAUUGCCAAAAAACAUCAAUAUGAAAUUAAGAGUUGCUGGCCACCCACAAUAACAGGAGGCAUCUCGCCUUGCAUCAUCAUUGAAACGCCUCACAAAGAAUCGGUAACCACUGACUUCUCAAGAUUCAAAAAAUACAGGUUCAGAAACCUCUUCAUAAAUCCAUCACCUUUGCCUGAACUCACCUGGGGGAAUUCCAAAGAUGUCUGGCUCAACAUCCUGAAGAAGGAGAACCGAUACGCUCACUGCAAACACUUCACAUCGCUGCACUCGAGUUUGCAGCCGCACAUGAGGUCGAUACUGUUGGACUGGCUUCUAGAGGUAUGUGAGGUGUAUGCACUCCACAGGGAAACUUUCUACCUAGCUCAAGACUUCUUCGAUAGAUUCAUGCUGACGCAGAAGAACAUUAACAAGAGCAUGCUUCAACUGAUAGGAAUUACCUCAUUGUUCAUUGCCUCCAAACUUGAGGAAAUCUACGCUCCUAAAAUACAGGAAUUUGCUUAUGUCACUGAUGGUGCUUGCAGUGAAGACGACAUUGUAAGAAUGGAACUCAUUAUGUUAAAGGCUUUAAAAUGGGAACUCUGUCCCGUGACAAUCAUCUCUUGGCUGAACCUCUAUCUUCAAGUGGAUGCUCUGAAGGACGUUCCGAAAGUGCUUCUACCUCAGUAUUCUCAGGAAAAAUUCAUCCAGAUAGCACAGCUCUUAGACCUGUGUAUUCUGGAUGUGAAUUCUUUAGACUUCCAGUACAGAACACUAGCUGCUGCUGCACUCUGCCACUAUACCUCAAUUGAAGUAGUUAAGAAAGCUUCAGGCUUAGACUGGGACAGCAUUUCAGAAUGCGUAGAGUGGAUGGUUCCUUUUGUGAACGUGGCAAGAAAAGUCUCUGUGAAACUGAAGAACUUCAAGAAGGUUGCAGUAGAAGACUGCCACAAUAUCCAAACACACACAAACUACUUGGACAUGCUGGAAGAAGUUAACAGUGGAGUAGCGUCUACUGCCCCGGGUCAGUUAUCACCUGUGUCAACGGCAGGAAUAAUAACUCCUCCCAAAAGUACAGAGAAGAAAUGAAAUAUGGACAGCAAUCCUUAUGAACAGUUUCAGAAACAAGAGUAGGUGCUUCAGAACAAGACCACACUAAAGGUGACUCACUUUAAGGCUCUCUACUGCUAUUCAAGACUGGAGCAGUAAGGGAUGCAUCAAAAAGAGCAGUGGAUGGAAAAUGAUAGCAGCAUCUUCCUUGAGACUUGAUUAAAGAAUUUAGACCAAGCAUCCCUCCCCAUGUCAUCACAGGAACGUGGACUACUUGAGUCCCUUCUCAAACGUGACUUACAUAGUUCAACUCUCUGAACAUUCCUAACUUAUGAAUUUCAGGAAUAUGUUUUGUAAUGGCCGAAUGGCAGUGUUUGUCCACUCAAGUUACGUGUCAGUGUGCUUUCACGUGGGAUAGCCAUACAUGAGACCUUGGUGCCAGCAUGUAUGUAUUACCUCUUCUUGACCUUUCUUUUCGCUAGGAGCUUACUGCCUGUAAGUUAGUCAGCUUAUGAGCUCAGGUGCAGUAUUACAGAGGUCAGUGAGUAAAGAGUUUACAUUUCUGAAACCACUGUGCCCUUACAUUAAGGCAUGCCAGCCCUAUUUCAAAUCUUGGUUUCCUCAGGAGGUCAGUAUCACUUGUCUAGGGCUGCCAUAGUCUUAAGUUCCAGUGCAUCGCUGACUCAGGUAAGAGUACAAACAGAACAAUGCUGCUGAAGUGAUCUUAACUGGAUGCAGUACAGUCUUUGAAGGAAGGAGUUGUUAAAUUUUAUAAGGCUCGGCCACCAGCUUUCAACAGCUAAGAAUAUAAUGAGCAGCUACUUUUUUUUCCUACCCUUUCCAGUUCUGGUUCUCUACAACCACUCAAAUCCUGCCAACAGUGUUAAGAAGCAACGGUGUUCCUAAACAGCACUAACUACUGUGUUUGUGGAAUAUUCACUACCUCUGGAUGUGAGGUGCUCCUCUUGAAGAGACAGUCUAGGGAAAGCUGGAACGUGGUCCCCCUCCCUCUGGCAAGAUGCUUCCAGCUGCAGAAGCAUUGUAGGGCCCAUUCCCAGCACUGGGCAGC